CGCAUUGCAUAACUUUUAUAAGCUUAUUUGAGUAGUGAAUAUGAGGAUUACCCAAGGUUACAAACACGAAUCCUCAUCGUUUCAAGUAUCCGAAAUGAGUAUGUACAGUGACGUAGACAACUUACCUUCGCGGAGCCCCGUCUACCCGCCCGUAGCUCGACGCGGUUCACGCCGUUAGCUUCCACCUCGUGGCUCAUGGGCAGGUCUGCAUGCGGUAAUCGCGUCACUCUUCCGCACCUCACGGUCCUCACCUACCACACCACCUGAAAAAAAAAAAUCGCAACUACACCUGACCUCACCUUUUUACACCAUUCGCAUCUAUCGGCGCAAAUAACAACCACUAUAAUCUAGAUCGCGUUAUCAUCAAUACCUAGUCUAUACCCUUAUAAUUGCUCCAUCAUAACAAUUACAAUCCCAUAACAAUUCCAUACAACUACCAUCACAAUGGCAGAACCAACUUCAACCGAUACUCCGAUAUUAUCAGCUAUCCCAUCAGCUGUCGCAUCAGCCGCGGGCACUCCCCAAUCUCUACCUCCUAUGGAUCCCGAUGAGCGCGACAAGUCCUUGCACGUAUCGCUAGCCGAUCUGACGGCUAAGGCUAACGCGCUGUAUGCGCAGAAGAAGUAUGAGGACGCAGCCGAGGUCUUCUCCCAGGCUACCGAGAUGCAGGCCGAGAUCAAUGGCGAGAUGGCCCCCGAAAACGCGGAUAUUCUGUUUCUAUACGGUCGCAGCCUCUUCAAAGUGGGCCAGAGCAAGAGUGACGUCUUAGGUGGAAAGCCCUCUGCUGAGAAGAAAUCCAAUGGCGCCGCAGAUAAGAAAUCGAAGGGGAAAAAAUCCCAGGCCGAAGCAUCGAUUCCCAAUGCGACCAAGGACGAGAAGACCGAUGCAGAGGAAGGGGUUGCCAUUGUUACCAAGAAUGCAAAUGAAAGUGAAAAGGUGUCCGACGCCAAGAAACCACUUUUCCAAUUUACAGGCGACGAGGAGUUCGAAGACUCGGACGAGGAAGAGGAGGCUGAAGGCGAGGAAGAAGAGGAAGACGAUGAUCUGGCCGUCGCGUUUGAGGUUCUGGACUUAGCACGUGUGCUUUUCGAGAAAUCUUUAGAACGACAAGAUGAAGACUCUUCAGAAGGGAAGGGAAAGGAGAAGGCUGAAGAGGAUAGCCCUGCCAUCAAGCAUAUCAAGGAACGACUUGCAGAUACCCACGACCUUCUAGCAGAGAUCUCCCUCGAAAAUGAGAAGUAUCCACUAGCAAUUAACGACUGCCGUGCUUCUCUAAAGUAUAAAGAAGGUCUCUAUUCUCAAGAGUCGGAGGUGAUAGCCGAAGCGCACUUUAAACUUUCGUUAGCUCUCGAAUUUGCAUCCGUCACCACAAGCGCCGAAGACGAAGCCGGCACGGGGCCAAAACCAGUCGACGAAGGCCUGCGGAAAGAAGCGGCCGAAGAGUUGGAGAAGGCUAUCGCGAGCACAAAACUCAAGCUUGACGCCAAGGAGGUCGACCUCGCGAUGCUCCACGCGCCUGAGGAUAACGACGCGACACGGAAGCAGAUCGCCGAGGUUAAGGAAUUGAUCGCGGACAUGGAGCAACGGCUUAUCGAACUCCGAAAACCCCCCAUGGACGUCAACUCGGUUCUCGCAUCUGACGACACCAUGCUCGGAGUACUCGGUACAGCACUGGGCGAGUCGACCACGAAUAAGGAGGCGAGACUUGAGGAAGCGAAGAAGGCUGCUAAGGACGUAUCCGGCCUAGUGCGCAAGAAAGCCAAAGACGGCUCCAAGCCCGAAACCGAGCAAGCGAAGGCAACCAACGGGAAGCGCAAGGCCGAGGACACCGCGCCAGGUGAGGAAGAGACGAAGAAAACCAAAGUCGAAGAACCCGCACAGUCCUAGCCUCCGAGGCGAAGCAAGCCGAAAGGAGUAAGUAACAAAUCGCGAGCUUAGGCGCUAGAGCACACUCUGGCCGU